GACGUGACUACCUAUUUCGCAGCUAAUAUUUACUUUCCUUUCUUCACCAACUGGUUUGGCUGCCUUACAUUCUUUAUUGUAGUUCUAUCUUGUUUAUUGACCCUAUUUCGACUUUUUGACAAAGAUUAUAUUCUAUACCAACUUUUAACAACAUUUUCGAUUCUUCGAUUGCCGGUUCAACCAUCUUUUACACAAUAUACUUUCAACUUAUCACCAAUCAACGACUAUCAUCAUGUCUUCAAACCAAAUGAACACCCAAGUGGCAUCAUCCACAUACGUUCCAGUCGACGUAGCCCAACGACAUGAAUAUGGCAUCCAGAAGAACCGCAAAAGUGCUUCUACUGGUGGCGGCAGAGCUUGGAGUGAGGAUGAGGAAGUUUAUCUUCUUCAAACUCGUCUUCAGAAGAUGCCUUAUAAGCAUAUCGCUUCUCAUUUGAAAAAGACGGAAUUGGCUUGCCGUCUUCACUAUCAUCAAUUAUCUCAUGGAAGCAACCGCCGCAAGCGUACCAAUUCUGUGACUUCUUCCGGUAGCUCCAAUUCAGAGUCUUCGACUUUACCUCUCCGAAUGCCAUCUCCAAUUGACGAUGUUACCCACCUCCGAGCCAUAUCACCCGUCUACAAUUACUCACCACAGUCACCUCAACACGUUCAACUCCCAUCUGCAUCUUCACUUCUAUCCCGCUCAGCUUCCAACAGCCCUUCUCGAACUCUCGGUCACCCCAUUGCUAUUCUCCCAAAGCCAACCCCUUCUCGACAUGCGAUUACCGAUUCUCCCUUGGAUCAAGCUGCUCUCCGCCUCGAUUGCAUCAUGACUUCCACCCCAGUCACUGUUGCCAGCGUUGACAAAGAGCGUCUUCGUCGUGUAUACGAAGCUCAUCGUAACUCUUUCUGGAAUGUCAUCGCAUCUGAGUAUGGCGGAGGUGUUUCUUCCCUUUUGCUCGAGGAAACCUGGAAGCAAGGUGUCGCUUCCAACGGACCACCAACCCCAUGUGUCUCUCCAGAAAUGCCAAAUCUCAACCGAGCAAGCUACCAUCACUACAACAGCCAAGCCCCUCAAAGAUUACCUUCACCAAGCCAAGAAGCCAAGAACAACGCUACCAGUAUCUCGGCACUUCUCGGUAUUGAUGCCAGUCCCCGUAGUCCUAAGGAAAGAGAGAUGAUCAAAAGAUUGGAGGAGAGUAGGGAGAUGUGUUAGAUAACUUUUUCUUUCUUCAACAUUUAUAUCUAUUCACGAUUUCACUCGUCGGGUGGUGCGCAGGAAAUGGUAAUUUUAUUGGCAUGACAUGAAUUGGAUGAUGGUCAGGAGACAGGAUUUCGAGCUCUACGUUGGAUAUGGUUUGGGGAACAGAGGGUAUCUACACGAUGAUCUAUUCUUCUCGGCGCAAGGAAGGGGAGUUAUGGGGCAUUCGUUCAAAUCCAUCUAUCAACCCUUUCCAGUAGGGUAUUUUGUAUAGCGCAGUAGCAAGCUUUGAUCGCAAUAACGCGAAACCUGAAAAUACUUUUGAAUUUCAAAUCCA